AUGUCAUCUGAUCUCUGCGGAUCUCGCUUGUUUUUGGCUUUGCCUGAUGAUAUAUUAACUAUAAUAACGAGUUCCUUCUCUCCAGGGGAUCUGUGUAAUCUUGGUCUCACAUGUCCAGGUCUCGACUCUUUUAUGUCUUCACACAAAGUAUGGCUUUUCCAAUGUGAUAAAUUGGGUCUAGUUCCUUAUACCACUCUCAUUGAAUGGAGAAAGGGAGUUUUUUCUUACAAGGCCCUUUGUCGGUUCUUGGUGAAUAUUCAACCGAUGAUUGGUACUUGGGUUCACCGAAAUCCUGAACUCAGGCAUGUAGUCUAUGUUAUGCCUGGUUUUCUAUCAGUUGUUGGAUGCCGGAUAAUUCCCCAAGAGAUAGGCCCUUUAGGCCUUGAAGAUGGUCCAAUUUUGUGGACACCUGUCUUCGAAAUCCUCUGCAAUCAUGUGGGGUCCACUUCGUUCUUUCUACACGGUAGGGAGCGAGGGGUAGAUUACGUUUAUCCUGGAUUACUGAAAUCAGUUGAUAGGGAUUGCAAUGUUCUUUUGCUCGAGGUUGAGCAUCGGCAUCAACGGGAUGGAGGAAAACUGGCUGACCUUAAGAAUUUUACUCAUGAAGCAGAUAACGAAGUAUCUAGUUCACAGAGAAUAGUUGGACGGAAAUGGACUGAAAAGCCUUUUAUCUGUUUGGAAUCUGAUGAUAGGGAGCUGCUCCUCGAGUUUGUUACUAGCCAAGUCCGCGAUAUUGUUCCAGAUGCAGCAAAUGUGUUAUUGUUUCCUCGCCCAAGAAUAGAUGCAGUUGAUGCCCAACAAGAUUUCAUAGUCCUACAUGAAAGGAGAUUGCUGCUUUUACAAAUGUACGAGCGCGGUAAUAUGAAUCAUGACUUAAAAUCCGAUGAAGGAUCGCCUUUGAAUCCCACCGAAUUAGGAUCGAGUGAGGUCUCCAAAAGUGUGGACUGUACAUGUAACUAUCCGGCUUCUCAGGCAGGUGAUGCAACACUUCACGAAUUUCUUCAAUUGGGUGAUUGGGUUGGAUUGAGUUUACAAGCUGAAACUAAGGAAUUUUAUUCUUGUAAACAUUGGCCUUACAUGUACGAAAGUCUAUCUGCUUUCUAUAAAUUCCCUAUUCGGGCUCCCAAGGCAUGUGACGAGGAGUAUGCUGGUUUAUGGGGAGGGACUUUUGGUUUGCCACCAUCUGCAGACAAACCUGGAAAGCCCCUUUUCUUGAUUUACAUCUCUUAUGAAGAGUCCGAAGGGAAGCAACAAAUGAUUGCCAACAAGAUACUAGAUGGUAAAUCCCGUCUUUCUCCUUUUAAUGGAUCGACUAUGUUUAUAGUGAAUAUAGAUGAACCGUCCAUGACCAUAUUCCCAUGGAAUACAGACCAACAAUCGAAUCCUAUUAGUGUUAUGCAGUCAUUUAAGGGAGAAGGGAGGUGUUGA